GACAGCUCUUGAAACAUCUUCAACAACAAGCCAUCACAAGCAGACCAGCAUGUCUUCUGUGAACCGUCUGAACAACAGCACUUCUGGCUGGAAAAUGACUAGGUCACAGAAUAAAGACCAACACCUCACUGAUGUUCUUGGUUUGCCGUGCAUAGAGAAUCUGGUGUGUUCUGCAGAUGAAACCCCAGAGCCCAUCGCAACUACAAUUACAGGUAACAUCCCCUCCUGGAUCAAAGGUAAUUUCCUCAGGAAUGGACCUGGAAAGUUUGAGAUCGGAAGAAGCAGUUUCAACCACUGGUUUGAUUGCAUGGCGCUUAUGCACCAAUUCCACAUUGAGGAUGGAAAGGUGACGUACAUGAGCCGCUUCCUCAACAGCGAUUGCUACAAGGAAAACCUUGAGCAUAACCACAUUAUGGUGUCUGAAUUUGGCACGAUUGCCAUGCCAGACCCAUGCAAGAACUUCUUCCAGCGCUUCCUCUCGCGCUUUGAGCUGCCGAAGUCAAGUGACAAUGCGAAUGUGAGCUUUGUCCAGUAUAAAGGAGACUACUAUGUCAGCACAGAGACCAACUUCAUGCACAAAAUAGACCCUCAGACGCUGGAAACAAAAGAAAAGGUGGACUGGAGUAAAUUUGUUGCUGUUAAUGGAGCCACAGCUCAUCCCCAUGUGGAUCCUGAUGGAACUACAUACAACAUGGGCAACUCUUACACUCGAAAAGGUGCUUUCUACAAUAUAAUAAUGGUGCCGUCAAAAAAGGUGAAUCCAAAUGAUACCUUGGAAGGAGCCACAGUUGUGUGUUCAAUCCCCUCGGAGGACAAGUCUAAACCAUCCUACUAUCACAGCUUUGCCAUGUCAGAGAACUAUGUGGUAUUCAUCGAGCAGCCAAUCAAAAUGGAUCUCUUGAAGAUUGUGACAAGCAGACUCCGUGGAAAGGGGAUUAAUGAGGGCGUAUACUGGGACCCCAAACGAAACACAGUUUUCCAUGUAAUCAAUAAACACACAGGAAAGCUGAGCCUCAUCAAAUAUUAUGCAAAGCCACUGUCAACCUUCCAUCAGAUAAACUUUUAUGAAGAAAACGGUUUUCUGAUCAUGGACAUGUGCUGUUCUGAUGAUGGCCAAGCAAUUAACAACUACCUGAUUCAGAAUCUAAAAAAGUCUGGAAAUGCUCUGGAUGAGGUAUACAACACAGUGUGCAGAGUGUUCCCCCGCCGCUUUGUCCUGCCACUGAACAUGGACAGUCAUACACCCUGUGGGCAAAAUCUCAACACGCUCUUGAACAACACUGCCACAGCCAUCAAGACAGACAAGAAUAAGGUGUUUUGCACACAUGAAGAUCUCCAUGGUGAUGAUCUCCAUGAAUAUGGAGGUCUGGAAUUCCCACACAUCAACUAUUCAAUGUGCAAUUCCUGUCCCUACCGUUACGUCUACGGAUGUGGCUUCAGACACCUGGUUGGAGACUCCCUCAUUAAAAUGGACCUUCAAGGCAAACAAAUAAAGGUGUGGAAACAUGCAGGCAUGUAUCCCUCAGAACCGAUCUUUGUCUCAUCACCUGGUGCUGUAGAAGAGGAUGAUGGAGUCAUUCUGUCCGUGGUCAUCACCCCAAAUCAGGACAAGAGCACCUUCCUUCUGGUGCUGGAUGCAAAAUCAUUUGAAGAACUGGGCCGGGCUGAGGUACCUAUCAACAUUCCGUAUGGAUUCCAUGGGACUUUCCAAAAUAGACACUGAGAGACUCUUUUGAAAAGCCCAAAAAUUUAGCAAGAUGUUCAAGCUGUCUCUGAAUAACCUACUUUUAAUUUUCUACUAGUGUUGUUUUUACUCUCCUGAAUUAAUAACUUGUAUUAUAUA